AUGACCUCUAAACUACUCUUGAUCUUUGCAGCUCUCUAUAGCAAACUCGUAGCCGGAGUUGACUUCUAUGUUGCCACCGAUGGUUCUGACAGCAAUGCGGGGACAUCGGCAGGGGCCGCUUUCCAAACGCUUCCGAAAGCGCAACAAGCCGUACGCCAGGUGACGAAAGGCAUGACCGAAAACAUCACUGUUCAUGUGGGACCUGGGAUCUACACGCUCUCCACACCUCUCAAAUUUAGUGCGGAUGACUCUGGCCAGGGUGGAUUUACAGUGGCUUGGGUUGGGCAGAAUGCUUUGAUCUCUGGAGGACGCAAGGUCACAGGGUGGACUGCAGGGUCCAACGGUGUGUACUCCGCCAGUGUCCCAUCUGGGGUCAAAUCAAGGAAUUUGUAUAUCAAUGGACAGGCAUCGAACUACGCCCGCAGAAAGAUAAACCGGAAAGACUUCUCGUACACGAGUACAUCGAUGAAGUGGACAUCGGGCUCCUACGAUUGGCUCACUUCAACAGCCGGCAUCGCGGAUGCUGAAGUCCGCUUCAUCAAUUCCUUCGCAGAUCGUUAUGCGCCUAUCAAGGCGGCCGCUAACCGGGAGCUGGUCAUGGAACAGAAUACAUGGUUCAAUCAAAACUGGGGAUACGACACCAUUUCUAAGCCCAACGCUGACUUUGGUGUGUGGGUUCAGAAUGCCCUGGCGUUGUUGACAGAGGGCGGACAGUUCUACCUUGAUUCUGGAGCCGGUAAGGUCUACUAUAAACCACUUUCUGGCGAAAAGAUCGAAAGUGUCGACGCGUACCUUGGUAUUCUGGAAACACUCGUAGUACUUGGUGGAUCGUACGACAACCCAGUCCAUGACAUAUCUUUCGAAGGCUUGAGCUUUGCGCACACUACUUGGCUGCAACCGAACUCGAUUGGGUACAUUGACCAGCAAACAGGCGGCAACAUCUGCGAGAACAAGACUUAUGACACUUCGAAUUUUGAAUCUACCCGUCCCAACUGGUGUCAAAUGCCAUCUGCAAUCCAGAUCAGCGCGGCCAAGAAUAUCUUCUUCUCGGGAGGCAACUACACUCAGCUUGGUGCAGGCGGCAUAGGCAUUGGUAAUGAUGCAAACGCGCACAUAACCGGUGUUGGACUAGGGGCAACGAAUGUUGCCGUAAGAGAUGGAUACUUCUCCCAAGUCAUGGGAAAUAGCAUAACGGCUGGUGGUAUCCGAGCUGACGCACAUCACCCCAGCGAUAACCGCAUGAUCAACUCGCGCCUUGAAAUCUCCGGCAACAUCUUCCGCAACGUAUCCUCGCUCUUCAGCUCCACAGUCCCCAUCCUCGCGACCUAUAUCCAGAACUCGCUCAUCUCUCAUAAUGACAUCUACAUAGCCCCAUACUCAGGCAUCUGCAUCGGCUAUGGCUGGGGCUCCAACGACGCAGGCGGUAGCUCUGAAUACGUUAAUAGGGGCUUAUACAAGUACCAACCGCAAUACACGACGCCAACAGUCAUGCAGAACAACCGCAUCGAGGGAAACCUCAUCCACGCAUACGGUCUGUCGCACACGGACCUCGGCGCUAUCUACACGCUCUCGAAAAGUCCGUCGACAUACAUCACGCAAAACUAUGCCUUUGACUCGAACGUCGGUUUCGGUGUAUACACUGACGAAGGAUCGAACUCGUACAUCAUCCAGAAUAAUAUCUUGCUAUCGAGCGGCAGCUGGUAUGCGAGGAAUGGCGUCAACACAGCGAACAAUACCAUCACGGGAAAUUUUGGGAAAUCGGGACCUUCCAUGUCGGGGAACACCAUCGUCUCGGAUAUCUCCAAGGUUUCGGCUGAUGCGAAGAAGGCGGCAGACAGGGCUGGUGUGUUACCGGAGCGACGCGGUAAUCGACCCGUGUCAAACCCCAAAUAG